GACAACCAUCUGGGCGCGACACUUGGGCCUCACUCGACAUGGAGGCCGACAGGCCCGCCAAAAGACAGCGCGUAGACGAGGACAACGCACCACCCGUCAAGCGAUCUGACAUCUGGUUCGACGACAGGAAUAUCAUCCUUCAGGCCGAGAAACUCCAGUUUCGUGUGCACCGCAGUCUCCUCGCCCGACACUCGCCCGCAUUUAAGGAUAUCUUCGGUAUCCCACAACCUGCCAAUACCACAGAAGCGCUCGUAGAAGGAUGCCCCGUUGUACACCUGACGGACAAGGCCUCCCACGUGCAAUUCAUGUUGACGAAGCUGUUCAACCUAGCUGCUCCAGAAAACCCUUGGAAGGCCCCUACCGUGUCCGAACUUAUAGCAUCCCUUCGCAUGGGUCACAAGUACCUCAUACCGCACUUGUGGAACGACGCUGUCACCAGUCAACGUCGUGCCUUCCCGACAGACGAGGCGAAGAUGCUUGCAACCUUGACCAUGUAUGCGAAAGUUAUCAGCCGAAAUGAUGACGCAACCGCGAUACGCUUGACGAGUCGCAGAGGCUUACUACCUCUUGUCGAUGUUGUUGCUGAGGUCGGUUUGCAAACCAUACUACCAGGUUUGUACUAUAGAAUCAUCUAUUCGGACACUGUGGACACGAUUAUCAGAAAUACCGAUAUCAGCGACAGAGCGCACUGUGUUCUUUUAGGUGGACGCGCAAAGCUCAUGAACAUCACCAUCGAAUGUCUGAAGCCAUGGGGUACGAAAACGAAUCCUCAUGGCAACAAUUCACCGAAUUCUAUCAAUUGCGGUUACGCGCGUCACCGUUUCUACCUUACGAACAUAGACGGUCAAUAUCCUCUGGGUUCGUGGGUUCAUACCACGCCUGAAGGGUGUUGCGCCAAUAUAUGCCGUGCGGAGUAUGGCACACUGUUGGCCACCAUGAAAAAGAAGGCGUGGGACCAACUGCCUGCAGCGUUCGGGUUGCCCGCAUGGAAGGACCUCAAAGACUUCGACAUAGCCUGAUAUCUGGGUUCGUCGACGUGUCCCUCCUCAAGACUGACGUGACUGAUUGUACUUUCCAACCUUCAGGCAAGAAGUUCUUGGCAAUUGCAUACCCUAUGGAUGCUAUAGAUGAUUCUACCCAUGCCAUCGUCCGUGUCGGCAGCCACACAAGAAGACGAUCUACAUAAUAUACGAGCUGCGAAAGGGAACAUACGGAAUGUCACGGUCAAUCGCAAAUCGCGCCGAACGCUGAUCUAUUCAACGAAUGACUAUUCUUGCAUGGCAGACGUUCGGACUGCAGCAUCGUCCUUCUCGAAAUUCGAAAGCAGCCUCAC